CGCAGGAGAGAACCCGGAAGUGGAGCGCCGCAGGUAAUGUCGCGGGAGACCCAGAGCUGGGUCCUGGCCGGCUCGGCCCCCGCCCUGGACUGGAUGGAGGAGCCACGGCGCGGGAAUGUCAGGGGCCAGGCAGAUCCAGGCCGCCGAUGGAAGGGAACACCCCUGAUGGCACAGGCCCCAUGCACGUGCCGUUUGGGCACAUUGUGGCCAAUGAGAAAUGGCGCGGGUCGCAGCUGGCACAGGGAAUGCAAGGAAAAAUUAAACUUGUUUUUGAGGAUGGACUGACACCGGUAGAUUUUUACUUGUCUAGCAGAUCCUGCAUUCUUUAUAUCACCGAAGCUGAUUUGGUGGCAGGAAAUGGCUACAGAAAGAGACUUGUUCGGGUUAGAAAUUCCAGUAAACUUCAAGGGAUUGUAGUAGUUGAAAAAACGCAGAUGAGUGAACAGUACUUUGCAGCUGUACAGAAAUUUACUGUGCUGGAUCUUGGGAUGGUGUUGCUUCCAGUGGCCAGCCAGACAGAAGCGUCCUGUCUCAUUAUCCAGUUGGUUCAAGAGCAAACCAAAGAGCCCAGUAAGAACCCUUUUCUCAGGAAGAAACGGGCUCUGAUCUCUGAGCCAGCCCUCCUUCGAACUGUGCAACAGAUCCCAGGAGUCGGGAAAGUUAAAGCUCCUCUCCUGCUUCAGAGGUUUCCAAGUAUCCAGCAACUAAGUAAUGCUUCCAUCCAAGAACUGGAGCCGGUGGUUGGGCAAUCAGUGGCCCAGCACAUUCAUGCGUUCUUCACCCAGUCCAGGUGAUGGCUCUUCCCACGGCAUCUCCUUUACACCACGGACCACAGGAUCUUGUUUUCUUUCACAUUAAGAAACAAUAUUUCCUCUCACAGAAACUAGGGAAGGAGGAAGUGAGGCCUGAAUGGCACCUGCCAGUUGUCCUGCCCUGCUUUCUGGGCUCAGGCAUUUACUUCAGUUAGUGUGCCCCAGAUGGCACUGCCUGCAUCCUGCUAGCAUGAAGAGGGCUGGUGGACACCUUCCUAAGGGAGUCGGUUUAAACCGGGACUCUCUCAAGAUUCAGCAAAAAGCCAGCUUGGGCAGAUUUUAAUGUGUGACGUUGACCUGUAUCUAUCAUGGAAGGUGGUGGAUGUGACCGUCUAAAGGAAACAAACCUACAAUGAAUGAAGCACUGUGUACCAUAAGCCCCUUGUUCCUUCUGGCAGAGCCACUGUUCUUCAGGUCUGGUCUUAAUACACCUGUGCUUUGAGGGUGGCUGCCAGUGUAAACAAACAAUUGUACUGCCUUUUUUCUUCCUUCCUUCCUUUCUCCCUCCAUCCCUCCCUUCCGGGUAGCUGCACAGUUUGUUUGUAAUCACUGAGCAUGACUUCUGAACACAGAAAGCCUGGAGUCCAGAGUUCCCAUUUUAAAAUAAAAAGCCAAUGCGUGCGA